AUUUGGAGCCUCGUUCCUCUGCGCGGAACGUGGAGCGAGGAGUUGCUAUUCGAAUUUCCUACGCGGCCUCCGUGCGAUUGGCUGGUUCGCGGAUGGCGGGACGACACGAUUGGCUAGUCGCUCACAAGCCCCGUGCCCUGGUUGGCCCAAGACAGCGCGGAAGCGGGGAGUUAAAGAGUCUGUGCCUGUCGUGGAAGCUGGCCUGGCCCCCGGAGCUCCCUGGAGUCGGUACUGGGGGCUUCGUUUUGUACGCACCGUUUUCUCUCUGUGCUAUGGGAGAUGUCAAGGAAUCAAAGAUGCAAAUAACACCAGAAACUCCAGGAAGGAUCCCUGUUUUAAAUCCUUUUGAAAGUCCUAGUGAUUAUUCUAAUCUCCAUGAACAAACUCUCGCCAGUCCUUCUGUUUUUAAAUCAACAAAAUUACCAACUCCAGGGAAAUUUAGAUGGUCUAUUGAUCAACUAGCUGUAAUAAAUCCUGUAGAAAUAGACCCAGAAGAUAUUCAUCGUCAAGCUUUAUACUUAAGUCAUUCUCGAAUAGAUAAAGAUGUGGAAGACAAAAGACAAAAAGCCAUUGAAGAGUUUUUCACUAAAGAUGUCAUCGUACCCUCUCCUUGGACUGAUCAUGAAGGGAAACAGCUUCCACAGUAUCAUUCCAGUAAAUGCACUAACAUAAAUAAUGACUCUCCAAUUGGAAAAAAGCUGACCAUUCAUUCUGAGAAAAGCAAUGCUGCUUGUCAGACAUUGCUGUCUCUUCCUGUGGAUUUUAAUUUAGAAAAUAUAUUAGGUGACUAUUUUAGAGCUGAUGAAUUUGCAGAUCAAUCUCCUGGAAACCUCAGUUCUUCAUCCCUCAGAAGAAAGCUGUUUUUAGAUGGGAACGGAAGCAUCUCCGACUCCUUACCUUCGGCUUCUCCCAGAAGUCCUCAUAGUGGUGUUCAAACAUCACUAGAGAUGUUUUAUUCAAUAGAUUUGUCUCCUGUAAAGUGUAGAAGCCCCUUGCAGACACCAAGUUCGGGGCAGUUUUCUUCUAGCCCUAUUCAGGCUAGUGCAAAAAAAUACAGCUUGGGAAGCAUAACUAGUCCUUCGCCUAUUUCUUCACCCACUUUCUCACCAAUUGAAUUUCAGAUAGGAGAGACUCCACUCUCAGAACAAAGGAAGUUUACUGUUCAUUCUCCUGAUGCUUCAUCUGGAACAAAUUCUGAUGGGAUAACUAAUCCGUGUAUCAGAAGUCCUUAUAUAGAUGGCUGCUCGCCAAUUAAAAAUUGGUCUCCUAUGAGACUUCAGAUGUAUAGCGGUGGUACUCAGUAUCGGACCUCACUGAUUCAGAUACCUUUUACUCUUGAGACUCAAGGUGAAGAUGAGGAAGAUAAAGAGAAUAUUCCUUCCACAGAUGUCUCAUCACCAGCCAUGGAUGCUGCUAGAGUACACCUACGGCAGUUUAGUAAUGAGGCUUCUACACAUGGUACACGUUUGGUUGUGACUGCCAUGUCUGUUACACAAAAUCAGUCCAGUGCUUCUGAGAAAGAAUUAGCACUGUUGCAGGAUGUUGAAAGGGAGAAAGACAAUAACACUGUGGAUAUGGUUGAUCCUAUAGAGAUAGCAGAGGAGAACACUUGGAUUAAGGAGCCGGUUGAUAAUGGCAGUUUACCCAUGACUGAUUUUGUGAGUGGCAUUGCCUUCAGUAUUGAAAACUCUCAUAUGUGUAUGUCACCUCUUGCUGAAAGCAGUGUCAUUCCUUGUGAAAGCAGUAACAUUCAGAUGGAUAGUGGCUAUAAUACGCAGAAUUGUGGAAGCAAUAUUACGGAUACAGUUGGGGCAGAAAGUUACUGCAAAGAAAGUGAUGCACAAACAUGUGAAGUUGAGAGUAAAUCUCAAGCAUUUAAUAUGAAGCAAGACCACACAACACAGAGGUGUUGGAUGAAAACAGCAAGUCCUUUUCAAUGCAGCAGUCCAUAGAAUACCUCUGUCACAAUCAAAGACUAAGCUUAAGAGUUCCUUGCAUAUGUCGUUGUGCACAGGAUCAAUGUGAUGGUGACUGGGAAAAAAUUACUUCAAGUAACAUGCUUAGCUUUCCCUCCUUAAUGUGAAAAAUCAAGGGCUUACUGACAUAGGAACAACAGAAAUGCUCCUGGAACUUCAAGUUGCUGAAUUAUAAGUUUAUUUUUUAUCAAUAAAUAUUUUUAUACUUACAUUGAGUGAUGUGUUUAACAACAAAUUGUGACAGAGCUGAGUGCUCCUAUCUUACAGGGUCAAUGAACUACUUAUUAAGCCUUACUGAUAGCACUGAAUUUAGCAGUUCUGAGAACAUGUGAAACUAUGUUAAAACUGAAGGCACUAUAUAUUUUUACAUAAAAGCUUGAACAUACAGAUGAAUUAUAACCUAUGUGAAGAAAUCUUAGAUAUAAAACUAAGUUAUCAAAGAUACAAAAAGGGAAAUUAAACAGGUUUCCUGAAAUUUUAGUUCUUGAACUGUCUGUUCACCUCUGUGGGGAAAAUUCUUAGUUCCAGUGAUAACUGUUCUAGUUACUACUUUUAAGUAUGUAAAUACUAGAAAGGUAGUACUAGUGACAUCAUCACAUGUAUUGUUAUCUAUGGGGCAAAUGUGUGGUGCCCAGAAUGAAAUAUACCUCAUGCCUAGGGUAGGGACAUCCUUUCCAGCUCAAACGUGAGUAGGGAUGUGGGAGAAUUAAGAAUGUAGGAGAACCAAGAGAAAAAGUGGGGCUGGGAGAGUGGAGUUCCUGUAGGACGUAGGCCUGUGAAGUAACACUGGGGCAGAUAUGUAUGUUAUAUACAACUAUUUUUUUAAAAAACUUAUAUCCAUGUUGGGAGUAGAUGGGUAUAUAACAGUUUGGAAAUACUAUCUUUGGAGAAUGUAUUUUUGUAUUUAUAAAUCAACUUUUAAAAACUGUCUCAUUCAAAAGGGAAUAAUUCAUAUGUACCCUGAGGAAAUAAAGACCUAUGUUAUCAA